UAUUAUUGUAGUCUGAGCUCCCGGUGGCGGGUGUGUGCCGGGGGGAAGAUGUCCCGCCCGGAGAGAUGUCCGGACUGCGGCUCCUCCGACAUUGUGGAGGAUUCUCAUUACACCCAGCAGCAGAGGGUGUGUGCGGGUUGCGGCUAUGUGCUGACAGAGGGGGCGCUCACCACCACCCUGACCGAGGAGGGCUUCCUACAAGCUGUGAGAUAUUCCGAGAGCUCCGGACAGAAUGAGAACCUCAGCAAAGCCAAACUCCGAGGUAUCAUCCGGGUCAGAAAUCUCUGCCGAGUCCUCCGGCUUCCGGACAGCUUUGCGGACUCCGCCGCGUCGUACUACGAGAGGAUCUUCCCCCACCCCGUAUGUCACGCCGUCGCCAAGGAGAAGAAGGAAGCCAUCAUGGGGUGCUGCGUCUACAUAACGUGCCGCCAACACCGCUGGCCGAUCACCAUGGGCACCGUCUGCGCCCUCAUGUACUCCCAGAAGGAGUUGUUCAGCGCCGUGUUACCCAAGCUGGUGGAGGCCCUGAGGAUCGACUUACCAACGUUCGACUUACAGAACCUGGUGGAGAGUCACUGCAAGAGUUUUCGGUUACUCCAGAACUCUUCGAACGCUCCGGAGGGAUUUGCAGAAAGUCUGGGCCGGGUCUUGGAACGCACCCUGAAGACGGUGGAGCUGGCUGGAGAAACGUGGCUGGUCACCGGACGUCAGCCUGUCCCUAUUAUCACCGCGGCGGCCUUCCUGUCCUGGAAGUCCCUCAGACCCGCCCCGCGGAUCUCCUGCUCGUUGAUAAGGUUUUGCAAAUUGUGUGAAAUCGGCACCCCGACUCAGGCAGUAAAAUGCAGGCUGAGGGAACUUCUAGAGACGUUCCUCCAGCUGGCCCAGCAGCUGCCCUGGCUGAAGAUGACGUCCCUCGACAACAAGACGGUGGUCCAGCACUUGGGGGACAUCUUGAAGCACAGGACUUACCUUCUCAGGAAGUCGAUGGCAGCGGCGGAGACGUCCUCCGCGGAACGAGGAGACUUGACAGCAUCUGAAGAACCCAACCUGAGCUCCUCGUUCCUCCCUCCAAUCAUGAAAAAGCCAAGGAAAGGAUGUUAUGACUACACCUUCACCGACGGGCGGCCGGACGUCACCGGAGAGGAGGAGAUAUCGGACAGCGAGCUGGAGCAAUAUCUCAGGACGCCGGCCGAGAUUGAGGUCAUUCAGCAGUUCCAGGCCAAGCUUGACGCUUCACAGAGUCGAGGAGAAGAUCCCACAUAGAAGCCUAUGGAGAGAAGUGUGCGGAGAAAUGGUUCUGAUUGGCUGGAAGGGCUCUUUUAGACUCGCUGUGCCCUCUUAUGCAACACACAGAUAGAACUUUAUUUUUUGAUGGUAUUUAAUCACCUUGGGGGAUUAUUUUUUGCUAAACAAAC